AUGACGCGUGUGGAUGGUCUGGUCCGAGAUCAGAAGCACAGUGGCAUUGUGGCGACGCCGGAGGAAGCACUUCGUUCGCUUCUCCGUGGAGGCGCCCCAUAUGACUGGAGGCCCUCGAAUGAGACUCUUGCCUCUUACCAAGCCGACCUCGUCUCCCUUCCGGAUAAUGUUGGCAGGUGUCCAUUGCUCCGCGAUGUGCUCCCGCCUGACGACUGUCGGUACCUGGAAGAGCAAUCAGAGCUGAUGCUUGCUGAUGAUGCAGGUGCAGCAGAGGGUAUUGAGCCUUAUUGGGAUCCAGCUUUGAGGUUCAAUAAGAAGAAUUACAACAACCUGGUCCUCCGUCUGCGCAAGAUUGGUUAUUUUCAGUACACCACUCAGCCGAAAUGCAAGGUUGAGUUCGAUGGCGAGGUGUUUGCCAGCCCAGAGGCGAUCUCCAAGUUGACGGCCUUCAUUGGUUUGAGUGAUGUUAAGGAUUGUUUCCAUAGACUGCGUGUGCCCAUGUGGAUCGCCCGGUUCUUUGCUUGGGAGGCGGUGCCAGCCAAGACCGUAGGAUUGGAGAACACGUAUGCCGAUGGGAAGUUUGUCGGGCCCCUGGACCCCGUAUUUCCAUGUGCUGGCUCACUAUGUCAAGGUUUCUCCUGGAGUCUUUACUUUGCUCAAAAGGCGAAUGAAUACCUCUCCAAGACCACCCCACUGCUUGCUCAGGCUCGGCUACUUCAUGAUCGUGGUGAUCCUCUGGUCCUGCAUGUUGGCCGCCUCGAGGAUGAGGCGGACCACUUCUACAUGUAUGUUGAUAACCUUGGGGUGGUUGGCACCAAUCAUGAACGCGUUGUUGAGGCGAUGGAUGCUCUCCAACAAACUUUCGAUGGUCUGGGCCUCGAGCUUCAUGGCAGCGAGGUUAGUUGCGGGAGUGUUGAAGCAUUGGGUUGCAUCAUCGAGGGCAACAAGCUGCGCAGUCGUAUCGCUGUUGGUCGAUUGUGGAAGGUACACCAAGCUGUCGAAGGAUUACUCAGGCGGGUGGCCUCACAUUCUGCCAGGGAAAGUGUAUUGUUGUCUGCUGGGCUGGUUUUGGACGCUCAUGGUAGGUGGACUGCGCCUCAUGAUGAAGAGUGUCGGGAAGCUUUGGCUCAGGCUGGAUGGGGUACUGACUCAAGCUUCAAAGAAGUGCCUGCAGCGGGGCUGAAGCGAAGGUUGUGGCAGCCUACGAUGCACGGCAACUGGGAGUUCAGUGAAGACAUCCUGGUACUCGAGGUGCGAGCGGUCAUGAAGGGCAUUAAGAGGGCUUUGUUGACUCGUUUUGGCCACGAUAUCCGGCAACUUGCUCUCUGCGACAACCUUGCUGCUGUGCUCACAUUUGAACGCUGCCGUUCUCGAAACUACAAGGUUUUGAAAGUGCUGCGUCAAUUUGGGGCAUAUUGUUUCGCACGGAAUGUUCGGGUUUCUCUGCGUUGGAUACCUUCAGAGCUCAACAUUGCUGAUGAAGGGUCACGGAUUGCUGAAGGGGCCAAGGAUUCAAAGCUUUUGAUAGACCUCCUUGGCGAUUCAUGGGCAGAUGACUUCGUCGCUGAUGUGGUUUCGCCCUCGCUUCCUUUGAACAACCUCGGUGAGUGCUGGGUCAAUGAGUCCCAAACGGACACGCACAUUGUCAGCAACGGGAUUGGAUCGCAGUCAGCCAGUGGUGAGGCCGGGGCCGAGCCGAAAAAGGACCCUUGCUGGACACAAGGACGAGGAUCAAAGUGUGCCAAUCAAGAGUGGCCGGAAGUCACGUCUCCUCCGGGCGGAUGGCCUCGCAUCAAGGAUGGCAGAAAGGUCCGUCGAAACGAUGAGGCUCCCAGAAACCGAAGUGCAACUCCAUCAGAUACCAGUCACCAAGUUGGCAAAACCAGACGGAUACGACGAGAGCGAGAGCACCUCGUCCGAGUUCAGGGCCGGCAAAGAAGGAGAGAAAGAGCGCUCGUUGAAAAGCAGACCAAAGCGAGGGUUGCAGCAGUAUUCCACCUUGGCCAAGGGCACAGGAGCCACAGUUUGUUGGAGGAAGCGGCGGUGUCAGCAAAGGUGAGGCAGUCUUACUCAAACCGGCUCCGAGACCUUCAAGCCUUUGUCAGGGAAGCUCGCAUGGCCUUCGAGACAGACGAGCAGAUAGACGAGGCUCUAGUGGAGUUCUUCAACGCGAAGUUCAAGGAAGGGGAAGGAAGUUCGGUUGGGGAUUACACGUUGGCAGCGCUGAUGGACAAAAUCCCUCAGUUCGGACGACUGGGCAAUCGCAAGGCUUGCCUACCCCCUGGCUGUGUGGUGCGGGAUAAGUUGGCGCAUGGUAGCUCGUGGGUCUCGACUUACCACCGGCCUGGGACGCUGCUGAAACUGAGAAAGCUUGGCCUGGUGAAGCCAACCAGGGGAGUAACAAAUCACUGGUCGGUAGUCACGAGUCUUGCCGAAACAUCGGACAUCUCGAAGACGGGCACCAAGGACGAUUCGGUCUUGGUAGACAGCCAGUGGAUGGCCUUUGCGAACCCGCUCUUGGAGGAGUUGGCCCGUGGGGACAAAAUGGAGUUCGUGUUCAAGUUCGACUACACGAGCUACUUGAAGGUCUUCCGGGAGGCGUGCCAGGAUCUGAGGUUGCAACUGGUGCCGUAUCAGGCCAGGCAUUCCGGUCCAUCCAUCGACCGGGCCAAGAAUGUCCGGACUCAAGAGGAGGUCAGGAAGAGAGGAAACUGGCAGAGCCGGCAAAGCGUUGCCCGCUACGAAAAGGCAGGGAGGCUGGCAGCGACCUGGCAGAAGUUGGAUGUGGAAGUUCAAAUGGCCUGCCAAGCAGUUAUGCUAGGCCAAGCCUAUCCGGUGUCUUGGGAGCUCAACUAUGGAAGGAGCCAGGAUCUUACUGAUCUCCGAGUUCUUUCAAAGAUCAAGUUCGACAUCAGGCGUGGUUUCUCCCGGAACUUCAACGGCUACAAGGUUUGCAACAUCGCUGAAGACGAUGCUGAAGGGAUGCAUGCGGACAAAACUUCACACAACUUGCCCAACCAUAUCCGCAUCGACUAUGUCAUCGGCUUGUGCGUGAACCCAGCUUUCCUCGAAGAUGACGUGCCCGCUGAAGGUGCCGAAGGGGAGGAGCUUGGCGGCUCGGAGAUCAACUCGGGGCGUGAAGAACCUGCAGAGCCACCCACAGCCACGGCAUUGGAGAUCAUCCAGGCUGCAGAGCCCGAGGCACAGCCAUUGGAGCUGGACAAGGCCCUGCAAAGCUUCCGGGCAGGGCUUUCUUUUGGAUCUUACACUGGAGCACGUGCGGUGGCAGCCUUCUUGUGGGCUUCGGACGUAGCACUUUCAGACUUGCCCCUUAAGCAGAGAGUCAGCGGGUUGGAGGCGCAGGUACACUGA